CCUGGUCCCCUCACCUGGCUACGAGUGGAGAAGGAGCUCCUCGUUUCCUCCCUGCCUGGUGCUGAUGGCAGCUAGCAACGUUUGCCAUCCGGCAGCUGCGCCAGCUCUGCCAGUAGAACUGGUGCCAAGGACACGUUCCGGGCAGCCCUGCUGAUGAGAAGCUGAGGACUGUGCCCAGACCUGGACAGGACUUAUGGCCGCUGCCAGCGAGCACCCAUGUGGCUGCCAGCGGGGCCCAAACAUGGAGCAGGGGAAGUGGUACGGCGUCCGAUCCUACCUGCACCUUUUCUAUGAGGAUUGCGCCGGCGCCCGAAUGGACGGUGACGAUGCGGAGGAGGGCUCUGCCUCUCCAGCCAAGGGUGGCUGGACCCCCGUCUUCUGGAAGGUGACGCUUUCGGCCGGGACUCUGCUGUUGCUCACCGGGGCGGUGGCGCUAGCCACGGGGUACCUCCUGCCCCCCAAGUUGGAAGGAAUUGGUGAAGCUGAGUUCGUGGUGCUGGAACAGCAGGCUGUCGAGUACAACCGUGCCCGGGGCAUUUGCCAAGCUGUGGGGGUGGUGCUGUGCACCGUGGCUGGGGUGCUCCUGGGGGCCUGCGUUCUGUCCUGCGGGCUUGGCAGAAUGAACCCAAGGGGCAAUCAGGGCGAAGAUGGCAAGGAAGAGCAGCUGUCCCCCAUCUUGCAGGAGAAUCCCCCCCAGCAAUGGGGCACCAUCAUCUCUGCGACCCCCACCCCCUUCCGAGCCGCCUGGCUACAGAGCGUCCAGCCAAAGAGGGAGCUGUAGAUUCACCUUAAACUCUUAACUCGCUACAGCCAGUACUUUCAAGCAAGUAUUUGUUGCAUAAAGCGUGACCCUCUUUGACCGCCAGGCCCAGCUGCCUGGUUUUUCCUGGCACUGGGAGGGGAAGGGUUCUCCGUAAAGUCCACGCGCACCCGGCAUCGGGCCCAGCCCUGCAGGUGGAAAACUGUAUUCCAACCCCAAAGGCAGCCACACUUUCCUUCUGACCGCCUCACUGGAGCAUCCAUGGUAGGACAAAGGGUGCCACCCCUCCCCAGGGCUCACAGGUAGAUUGCUCUGCAACCUGGAGGUUCUAGUUCACCUGCCAUACACAAGCAUUACCAGGAGACCUUCCCCAUCAGUGAGGAACAGGACAGAAACCGUGCAAAGAAAACGGAACGACAUUUGAGGAAGCGAUCGGGUAUUUUCAUUCUCAGAAGACAGGCACAAUGAGAUCCUGAGCUGAAAGGGUACCUUGCAGUCACUUACAAACUUCCCACAUGUACAGAGGACGGGCUUUCAACUGUCUUUCAAACGUUUGAAACAAACAGGGAGCUGAAAUCAUGCUCCAGAAACUCAAACAUUAUUCUGAGUUGGAUUUUUCAGUUCAGCCCUGCUAACAGCUGACCGAUGAUCGGUUGAGCAUGGGGGGCGGGGUGGUCAGUGCUCUAAAGUGGGAGAAAGCACAAAAUCUCCCUUUCUGCUGCCUCCCUGCAUAGCCUCCUGCCCCCUGGGAGAUACUGGCUGGUUGGGUCCUUUUUGAAUAAGGGUUUAGUGGUCUUUCAGAAGAACGCUAAACCCGUAUUCCAGAGGAGCCUAAUCACUGACAAGGGGGGAGAGGGGGGUUGUGUGGUGCAUCAGGAGAACCCCUCUUCCUUCCCUCUCCCCCCCAGUUCACCCCCCCCAAGAUAAAUCAGUCAUUAGUUAAGCUGCUUCCCGUCCAAGGCACUGGUGCGAAGUCAGGAGUGAUUUUUGGCAGACGGCUACCCCAGUCAGCCUAGCCGUAGGUCAAACCUGCCUUCCACCCCAGCUCCAUCCCACGUUAAGGAGAGCGGGGAGGUUGGCCUCCUGGCUGGAGAUGCUGGGUGGAAGGAGAUGGAAACAAAGCCGGGGAAUCCUUGGACCCCUUUCCUGAACUUGCCCUGCCCACAGUAAACAAGGCAGCAUCAUUUAACAUCUUCAUCGCCGGGGCUAUAAAAGCAAUCAUCAAAUAAAAGUCAUCUUUCGCCCUUCGGCUGCCGCACUCCAAGGACAGCCUGAUGUGUGCCAGCUCUGUUCUGCUUUGCCACCCUUUG